AUGAUAAAUCAAAUACUAUCUAUUGACAAUAAUAAAAAUAAUAAUCUUUUAAAUAAGUUUAAUGUUAAUCAGAAGAAAUUUAUGCCUAUUGGAAGAAGUAAAAGAUAUGCAUCACCUUAUGAUUAUUAUAAUGGAUAUUAUGGAACACCUGUAUAUUAUCAACAACCAAUUUAUUACUCACAAUCCUCCUACUACAAUCCAUUAUCAGCAUUCUGUCUUUUUUGUGCCCGUCCUUCUGGUUUCAGUUUUAUUGAAGUUGGCUAA